CCCUCCGCCUGCGGGCAGCGACCGCAGAGCCCCGGCCGCCAGCGCUUGUGAAGCCCCGCUACAAGGGCCGGAGCAGCAUCAACCCGUCCCGCGCCAGCACCAACCCCGAUCGGGUGCUGGGCGCUGGGGGGCACAAUGUGCGGGACCGGGCAACCAUCCGGCGGCUGAACAUGUACCGGCAGAAAGAGCGCAGAAACAAUCGUGGUAAAGUGAUUAGGCCUCUGCAGUACCAGUCCACAGUGGCACCAGGAACAGUGGCAAGAGUGGAACCAAAUAUUAAAUGGUUUGGAAAUACCCGUGUGAUCAAGCAGUCGUCUCUGCAGAAAUUCCAAGAGGAAAUGGAGACUGUUAUGAGGGAUCCGUACAAAGUGGUCAUGAAGCAAAGCAGGCUGCCGAUGUCCCUUCUCCAUGAUCGAAUUAGACCUCAUAAUUCCAAGGUCCACAUUCUUGACACAGAAACUUUUGAAACGACCUUUGGCCCCAAAUCGCAAAGGAAAAGACCAAAUCUUUCUGUGAGUGAUGUGCAGUCUCUUCUGGAGAAUGCUGAGGCCUCCGCAGGGACCUAUGACCAGGGCAAGGACCGAGACCUGGUGAUGGAAGAUACUGGAGUGAGGGAUGAAGCACGAGAGGAGAUCUACAAGAAGGGACAGUCCAAAAGAAUCUGGGGCGAGCUUUACAAAGUGAUUGAUUCGUCUGAUGUUAUUGUGCAAGUUCUUGAUGCUAGAGAUCCCGUCGGGACUCGUUCCCCACAUGUCGAAUCUUACCUCAAAAAGGAGAAAUCGUGGAAACAUCUAAUUUUCGUCCUGAACAAAUGUGACCUUGUCCCUACUUGGGCCACCAAACGCUGGGUUGCAGUCCUCUCCCAGGAUUAUCCGACACUUGCUUUCCACGCCAGUCUCACAAAUCCCUUUGGCAAAGGAGCCUUCAUACAGCUGUUACGGCAGUUCGGAAAGUUGCACACAGACAAGAAACAGAUCAGCGUGGGCUUCAUUGGCUAUCCAAACGUUGGCAAGAGCUCAGUGAUUAAUACGUUACGAUCCAAGAAGGUCUGCAACGUGGCUCCCAUUGCCGGUGAAACAAAGGUCUGGCAGUACAUCACCUUGAUGCGGCGGAUCUUCCUCAUUGACUGUCCAGGUGUAGUUUAUCCAUCGGAGGAUACAGAAACUGACAUUGUGCUGAAGGGCGUGGUUCAAGUUGAAAAAAUAAAGAGCCCUGAAGACCAUAUCAGUGCAGUGCUUGAAAAAGCGAAGCCAGAGUACAUCAGCAAGACGUACAAAAUUGAUACCUGGAAAAAUGCAGAGGAUUUCCUUGAGAAGCUAGCCUUCCGGACUGGAAAACUGUUAAAAGGUGGAGAACCUGACAUGCAGACUGUGAGCAAAAUGGUCCUCAACGACUGGCAGAGGGGCCGUAUACCAUUCUUUGUUAAACCACCGAAUGCAGAGCCAGGCCCUCAGCCCUCAUCUUUAGAAGUAGCUGCAAUGCCAAGCCAAGCUGACAGUGAUGAGCAGAGCUCAGAGGCCGUAGCUUCGAACACGGAGUUGGUAGAGGAAGAGGAGAACAAAGCAAAUGCAGAAAUGAAGCAACUCAUGUCUCACGUCCGGCAGAACUUUGGGAAGAUUAAUGUGGCAACUCAUUUCUUGGAAGAAGACCUGGUUCCUGUAGAUAUGUCAGAUAUUGACAAGAUGGACAGUGAUCCUUCUGGAGGAGAGGAGGAGGAGGAGGAAGAGGAAGAACAGCAGCAAAACUUAGCUGAGGAUGACUUCAACUCCCAUGGAGAAGCUGCCAGGGAGGGCUCCAAGGCAGUUAUUGAGAUUUUGGAGGAAAAGAUUGCAAAAUACAAAAAAUUCCUGGCCAAAGCCAAAGCCAAGAGAUUCUCAGCAAUAAGAAUCCCCAGAGGGUUCAGUGAAAAGGUAUUCACAACAUCUGAGCAGAAGUCUGAAGAAACCAAAGAACCAGAGGCCAGAGGGUGCACCAAAAAGGGAAAGAAAAGGAAAGCACAAGAGGACGAGGAGGAGGAUGCCCUUCAGGGUGAAAAGCCUUGCAAGAAGCUUACAUCCAAAGAAAGGAGAAGAGCUGAGAGGCAGCAGCACACCAAGAAAGUUGGGGUCCGAUACUACGAAACUCACAAUGUGAAAAAUAAGAACAGGAACAAGAAAAAAAGUGACUCAGAGGGACAGAGAUCAAAACACAAGAAAUUUAAACCUAAGCAAUAACUGGGGCUUUUAUUAAAUGUAACAUAAACCAGUGCCUUUCACUAGCAGAGUUUUCUUCAUGUACAACUUGCAUUUCUAUAUUCAAAGCCAGCCUUGUGUCUUGAU